AUGGUGAUAGGUGAAGGUUGUUACAUUGGCCGUAUUAGAAGCCAGGGUUGGGCUAAGUCGGCUCUUUGCAGCUGCGGGCGGCUGAGCGAGCACGUGAAGCGGAGAACCCGGGAGCGCCCAGCCCAGGCUCUAGAGCAGCGGCGUCCGCCAAGGAGGGAGGAUGAUAAACGUGUCGGCAGUGUGGUUGUUAGCCCUCUUCUUGCAGGCAGCGUGCUCGAACCACAGAUCAAAGCUGGCUUUCCUCUCAAGCUGCCCUUGACUCAGAAGAUGAAGUUUACUGAUUUGAUAAGAUUACCUCAGCAAACUACAAAUCUAAACCUUCCUCCUGAAGACCUGGACUCAUCUGGCGAUGAUGAGGAUGCUUUCUCUGGCUCUGGCGCUGGUCCCUUGACCGACCAUCCUGUGGUUGCCUUGAAUAUCCCCUUAGAACAUGCAAAUUCAUCAUCAAGGUCAACUAUGUCUACUGGAGCAACUGUUCACCAACCUGCAGUUCAUGGCACUGAAAACCCAGCUGAAAAGGAAACGGUAUCAUCCCCCACUAGUGAUAUGGUGCCAGAUGAGGCUGUCCUUUCAGAUAAGGAUGAAACUCACAAACUGGGCUCAACUGCAGAGAAACCUACAACAAAUGAGGCAGCCCUAACAACAAGAAGUCCAACUACUCACAGUCCUACUGUCAGAGUAACCACUGCACAAGCCUCAAGCACAGUCCAUGUAAUUGAACCUAGUAUCCAUAGCUCUAGUUCAUCUGGUGUCUCUAAAGAAACAUUUGAUCCCAACUUCACCACUAUUAGUGAGGAAGAUGUUCACUCCUCAACUACAGCAAUUCUACCCACGGGUAUAUACCCUACAGAUGAGAAGGAAGCUCCAUUUCCCGAAGAAAGCUCUGGGGAUCAGGGAGACUUUAUCUUUAGUGAAGAACGAACAAUACCAUCGGAAUCUGAACUGGUUGACUCUUCAAGAGAUGCUGAAGCUGCUGGAACUUCCCAGGGGUUAAUGGACAGGAAAGAAGUUCUAGGAGGUGUCAUUGCUGGAGGACUAGUAGGCCUGCUCUUUGCAGUGUUCCUAGUUGGAUUUAUGCUGUACAGAAUGAAGAAAAAAGAUGAAGGCAGCUAUUCAUUGGAUGAACCAAAACAAUCAAAUGGAGGAUACCAAAAACCACAGAAACAAGAAGAAUUCUAUGCAUAA